CUCAGCCCAGAUUCCUCACUUCCUCUUUCUUCUUGCCCCUGGCCGGCGAUGACUCCCCUGACCGGAAUCCACCAGUGGUCGCUGCGUGGCCGCAGACCUGAACCGGCUGGCCGCUGCAACCAUCGUAGCCUCCCUUGCCCUUCCUUCUGUCUCCAAUUAGAACAUCGCUCGAAUACGGAUUCUACUGGACUGCUCCGAUACGAACUAUGCUUGACCACGCGACGAUGGGGAAUCAUCAUAAAAGGACUCCAGCCCCUCGAUAUCGAUCUAAAUCGACACCCCAGAUCGAAUCCCGUCCCUCCGGAAUCGCCACAUACGAAGUUCCGCCUCCGUUCGACAUAGCCGCCGUCUCGCUACAUCGCCGGAGCUCUCCGUCUCAACUGCUUGGUCUGGUAUCGCCUGCAACCGCGAUACGAGAAGUAAGGGAGGAGCAGGCACGCGAUGGGAGGCCGCAGGAAAUCCAAGAGAUUAAUUUCUGUCAAUGAGGAGAAAAUGAAUCACAGCGUUGAAACAAACAUUGUUGAUGAUUUUGAUAACCGUCCUUUAAAAAAACCAAAAUGUUCUGAAUCAACCGUUCCGGAUGAGCCAUUGCUAUCACCUCCAUCACCAACCAACUCAACAUUAUCUCCAGUUUCUGAAUUGUACAAUGAAGAAACAGUUUUAGAAGAUUCUGAGAGAACAUUUUCAACAGAGCAACCAGAUGAACCUAAACCAACCAACUCAACAUUAUCUCCAGUUUCUCAAUUGAACAAUGAAGAAACAAUUUUAGAAUAUGGUGAGAAUAAAACAUUUUCAGCAGAGCAACCAGACAAACCUUCAGCAGAGCAACCAGAUGAACCUAAAACAACCAACUCAGCAUUAUCUCCAGUUUCUCAAUUGAAUAAUGAAGAAACAAUUUUAGAAGAUGGUGAGAAUAAAACAUUUUCAGCAGAGCAACCAGACAAACCUAAACAUAUAAUAAAUAACGUGAUAUACGAGUAUAUCCCACAAGACUACACAAUUACCCGAGAUGAUGAAUGUGCUCAUGAUGUUAUACUAUUCUCUUUGGAAGAAGAAAUAUUGGUGAAGAUAGAAGACGUAUCUGUCAGACAACGCUAUUUGGUGUGCCUCCUAGAUAAAGACAAAUGGCUAGACGAUGAAGUAAUCAGCGCAUACAUAUGUUGUCUAAAGGAGCAAGCGCACGCGCAAAAUCAGAAUGAUGAUACCGUAUUUUUUGAGAAUCCCUUUGUUACCAGACUUUUGAAACGGGAUGGUGAAAUUGGAAUACAUGGGCCUACCUCAGUGACAAAUAUUGUCAAAAACUAUCUCAACCAUGACAUGAUACAUCUUCCAAUAAAUAUCAAGGUCUCGCAUUGGUAUUUAGCUUCCAUCAAUUUUGAGAAAUCCGAGAUACAAGUACUCGACUCAUUGUGUUGGGAACACAACCGAGAUGACCUCACUCUUACGCUGCAAGGACUACAAUAUCAUUUGGACAUUAUUAAUACUCAAGAAAAUUUGAGUAAAUGGAAAAACAUUGAUGUUACUAAAUGGACAAUUACAGAACAGCUAAAAAGGCCUAUCCAGAAAGACAGUUCAUCUUGUGGUCUAUUUAUGCAUAAAUUCAUGGAAUAUUGGACCGGACAUGCAUUGUCCCAUCUAAUUACACAGGAAAUUAUCACUUCUUUCAGAUAUAAGUUAGCUGCCAUACUCUUGUGUUGGAAAAACAACACAGCGCCACCGACUACAAUGUUUGAAGAAAUUGUUGACAGUGAGGGACAUCCGGAUGAUGUUAUAAUGUCGGACAAACCUUUUGAUCAAAAUCAAUCAAAUGACAAUAACUCUUUAUCUGCUGAAAACAAAUACCAAUCGUUGAUGUCUGUUGUUUCUAACCUGAACAUUCAUGAGUUAAUAGGUGGACUUUGUAACUACAUCAAAUCCGUCAAUUCUGCAGAAGCUUUAGACAAAGUUUGGGUACAAAACUGUGAUCCAUAUCCCAUUAGCUUGACUCUCAAGAAUCUGAAAGAUAUGCUGAAUGAUGAGUUGCCCAUGGACCAAGAUUGUUUCAAUUUGGUUGUACGGAAGAUUAUGUUUGACGACAUCCAAACGGUGAAAAAAAGGAAAGGCUUGAUAUCAAAGCAUUAUCUUGACACACAGUUCUGGAGGAUUACUGAUUUUGGACGACAUCCAAACUUCCGGAAGAAGUUAGAUGUCGAACAACUAGCAUAUUCUAUUCGUAGCUGGCCUGGUAUCAAAUAUAAUUCAUCAUGCAAAUCGAUUCAUAUUCCAGUACAAUCCCACGGUGAAUUUAUUCUAUUCAUACUGGACAAAGAUACCAGAACGGUGUAUAUUUUGGACCCUACUCCAAUUGAUCCCACCUACCAACGCAACCCAGUUGCAAAAUAUGUGCACAGACUGUUAUGGAUUGCUGAACACUUACCAAAAGCAAUGUCAAAGAUAUGUCCUGGGUCUACGUGGAACGAAAAUAUUUUCCUAUGGCAACAAAAAAUUCUACAUGAUAUUUCGAGUCACAAAAGGGAACUGUCUGGUUAUCUUGUUACCCUCUUCAUGUCCACAUGGGAAGACGAAAAAGUGAAUUUGCCAUUUCUAAAGGAUGGAUACGAACUCAGGAAACAAAGUUUGGGGCAGCUACUAACGUUGAACGAGAACAUAUGUGAAGACAACAUGCCGGCUGGUGUCAAGGGUUUCAUAAAUUGUAUCAGGAUUAACCAAAACAAUAUGAAUAUGAAGACCUGAUGCUGAAAAGCCAAGAGAUACCAAUCAAGAGGCUGCAUCUCCAACUAUCUCCAGCUGCUGCUCCUCAAGCGUCACCACUCUUUUAGCCAAUAGUGAUGUUUUUCCUAAAGUUUAGUUUCUAUAAAGCUUUCAGGACCUACAUAGGUUUAGCCCAUAGCGAUGUUUUGCUCUGUAUAGAAAACAUCAUACUUGCGGAAUAUCGACUUGUUGUGGCACUAGGUUGUUUUAAAUUCCCAAUGAC